AUGGCUGUUUCUCUCCAACACUCUAUCUUUACCUCCAUCCCUCCAAAAUUCUUUUUCUCCUCCUCCUCUCUCCUUUCUCCCUCUUUCCUCGAUCUCUAUCAUUUCUCUUGCUAUUUCUUCACUAACCUAUCACUCCUUCCCAUUUUUCUUUUUCUUUCUUUUUCCUUCUUUCUUUCUUUUUUCUUUCUUUCUUUCUUUUCUUUCUCCAUUCUUUCUUUCUUUCUUUUCUUUCUUUUUACUUCCCUCCAAACACCCUUCCAGAGUUCUCUAGUCAUAAUUUCUCUCCUCCUCCUCUCUCCUCGCUCUCUAUCACUUUCUCUUGCUCUUUCUUCACUAAUCUAUCACUCUUCAUCCUUUCUUUUUUUUUCCUUUUUCUUUCUUUCUUUCUUUCUUUCUUUCUUUCUUUCUUCUAAAACACCCAUCAAGAUUUUAUUCUGCUAUCCUUUCUUUCUUAAACAACUUUUCUUCACUAAUCUAUCACUCCUACACCCCUCCCCUCCUUCCUUCACUUUCUUUCUUUUCUUCACUAAUCUUUCACUCGCAUCUUUCUUUCUUUCUUUCUUUCUUUCUUUCUUUUCUCCUGAAACACCCAUCAAGAUUUUAUUCUGCUAUCCUUUCCAGUUUCUAAACAACAAUUUCAUUUCUCUUGCUCUUUCUUCACUAAUCUAUCCUCCUCUUCCUUCCUUCCUUUCUUUCUUUCUUUCUUUUUUUUCUUUCUUUCUUUCUUUCUUUCUUUCUUUCUUUCUUUCUUUCUUUCUUAUGAGACAUUCUUCCAGAUUUUAUUCUGCUAUCCUUUCCCGUUUUCUCAACAAUAAUUUUAGUUUCUCUCCUCCUCCUCUCUCUCCCGCUCCCUCCCCCUCGAUCUCUAUCCCUUUCUCUUCUUAUUUCUUCACUAAUCUAUCACUGGCUUCCAUUCUUUCUGUCUUUCUUUCUUUCUUUCUUUCUUUCUUUCUUCUGAAACACCCAUCAAGAUUUUAUUCUGCUAUCCUUUCCCGUUUUCUAAACAACAAUUUCAGUUUCUCUCCUCCUCCUCUCUCUCCUACUCCCUCUCCCUCGAUCUCUAUCACUUUCUCUUGCUCUUUCUUCACUAAUCUAUCACUCGCUUCCUUCCUUCCUUUCUUUCUUUCUUUCUUUCUUUCUUUCUUUCUUUCUUUCUUUCUUCUAAUACACACAUCAGAUUUUAUUCUGCUAUCCUUUCCAUUUCUCUCCUCCUCUUUUUCUCUCCCUCUCCCUCCAUGUCUAUCACUUUCUGUCGUCCUUUCUUCACAAAGCUCUCACUCCACUACUCUGCUUCAUACUUUCUUUCUUUUUUCUGUCUUUUUAUUUAAUAAAAUAGACCUUGUUUGA